UCCGCCUUGCGCUUUUUGUCCUAGUGAGACUGUCAGGUUGUCCCAGGUGGAUAACUUACACUCUCCCCUAAUUCUACUCGUUCGGUUUAAGGUAGGGAGGAGGGGAGAAGAGAGCAAACAGAUAAUGGGCAUUUCUGGAGUCUAGUAACUUCCGCGCGCAACUUCUGGUGGCCCAAAGACGCCGACUUGCACUCGAGGUGGUCUACGAGCGCCUCGUUUUUGUUUUAAACGUGGUGCUUGCUCCAGCGGUUUUUAAGACUCGUUUCCCACCUGUGAGCAACUAAAGAACAGUACUUCCUGACACCAUUAAGAAGAAAAAUGUCUGUGACAUUGCAUACAGAUGUUGGUGAUAUUAAAAUAGAAGUCUUCUGUGAGAGGACACCCAAAACCUGUGAGAAUUUCUUGGCUCUUUGUGCCAGUAAUUACUACAGUGGCUGUAUAUUCCAUAGAAAUAUCAAGGGUUUCAUGGUUCAAACAGGAGAUCCAACGGGUACUGGAAGAGGAGGUAACAGUAUUUGGGGCAGGAAGUUUGAGGAUGAAUAUAGUGAAUAUCUUAAGCACAAUGUUAGAGGUGUUGUAUCUAUGGCUAAUAAUGGCCCCAAUACCAAUGGUUCUCAGUUCUUCAUCACUUAUGGAAAGCAACCACAUCUGGACAUGAAAUAUACAGUAUUUGGAAAAGUAAUAGAUGGUCUGGAGACUCUAGAUGAAUUGGAGAAAUUGCCAGUAAAUGAGAAGACAUACCGACCUCUUAAUGAUGUACACAUUAAGGACAUAACUAUUCAUGCCAAUCCAUUUGCUCAGUAGCUAUAAUAGACCUGGGCAAAUACUUGGCAGACUAUUCAGGGGACACAGCUAUGUGAUUUACCCAGCAGUAAUUAUGUCAGAGAUUGCCACAUCUUCCUGCUUGUUUACCACUUACAAGGAGUCAGUGGUACCGAGGGAAGACAGCUAUAUUUUACUCCUA